AUGUACCAAUAUGUAUGGUAAGUAUGGGGACAAGAGAGAGACAAGGCGGGCUAUAAACUUCUAUGUCAGUGCUACUCUUUUGCCCGACCCAACUUCAAUGGAUUCUCCUUUUUCUUUCCUUUCUCAACCGACAUUGGUUACCCUUGUUAUUUUCGUUCUCUUUAAGUUUACUAUAUAUAUAAACAUGUACAACUUCAAAGUAAAGCUAGCCAAGUAAUGGAAUAUAACAAAGCUCUCUACAUGAUUUCUCUCUUUUAAGCUUAUUUUAUAAUCUCUAUAAUAUUUUUAUGAUAUGGAGCUUGAGCUUGGUCUUGCUCCUCCUUAUAACAAUUUUCCUACCAAUAUCAAAGGAUUCGACCAAAAUGACAUUGCUAGAUUUGAACCAAAAGAGAUGAACAUGAUGAGGAGGAGGGAUAGUUUUGGUGAUAACUUCUCAAAGAUGAAGCAGAAACGUAGUUUUGCAGAGGCCUUUGAAAAUGGCAGUGAAGGAGUUGAACGUAAAACUUUGUCUUUGCUCAUAUGGAAUGGCCAACCAAAUGAAGAAGAAGAAGAUAAUGAUGAUGGUCGCCAUGGAAGAAAGAAGAUACCGUUUAAGGCUUGCGACGAGGAUUCUGAGGAAGAAAAUCAAGUAGUUGGGUGGCCACCAAUUAACACAUGGAGACAAAAGCAAUUUCAUGGGAAUUAUAAUCAAGGUUGGUGGAUUACAAAUGAAAGAAAAUACGUGUACGUGAAGGUGAAGAUGGAAGGAGUGGCCAUUGGAAGGAAGGUUAAUCUAAGGCUCUAUGAUUCAUAUCAAGUUCUUGCCCACGAUUUAGUUCAAAUGUUUACAAAAUACCUAAAUCUUGAUGACAAUCAUAGUACACGCUUUAUGAUCUUGUACCAAGAUAAGGAUGGAGACUGGAUGCUUGCUGGAGAUGUACCUUGGCAAACAUUCCGGGAGAGUGUUCAAAGAAUAGAAAUACUAAGGAAUGAGAAAUGAGGGNAUAU